CUUUAGGAAAAAUUACAUGAAUGUCCAAUGCAAAAUUAUAAUAAAACAUCAACUGAUUUCAUCUUAUUGGGGUUAUUCCCACCAUCAGGAAUUGGCCUGUUUCUUUAUAUCCUCAUUGUUCUCAUUUUCCUAGUGGCUCUGUUUGGCAACCUCACCAUGAUCCUUCUCAUCUGUCUGGACACCCAUCUCCACACACCCAUGUAUUCCCUACUUAGUCAGCUCUCCCUCAUGGACCUGACCUACAUCUCCACCAUUGUCCCCAAAAUGGUCUCCAAUUAUCUGUUUGGAAACAAGUCUAUCUCCUUCAUUGGGUGUGGGAUUCAGAGCUUCUUCUUUUUGACUAUAGCAGGUACAGAAGGAUUGCUCUUGGUCUCUAUGGCUUACGAUCGUUAUGUGGCCAUUUGCUUCCCUCUUCACUAUCCCAUCAGGAUCAGCAGAAGAGUGUGUGUGUUGAUGAUGACAGGAUCUUGGAUAAUGGGCUCUAUCAACUCCUGUGCCCACACCACGUAUGCCCUCCACAUCCCUUACUGCAGGUCCAGGGCCAUCAAUCACUUCUUCUGUGAUGUCCCAGCCAUGCUGACUCUGGCCUGCAUGGACACGUGGGUCUAUGAGUACACCGUGUUUGUGAGCACGAGCCUCUUUCUUUUGUUGCCUUUCUUUGGGAUUGCAUGUUCCUACGGCCACGUUCUCGUUGCUGUCUACCGCAUGCACUCAGCAGAAGGGAGGAAGAAGGCC